AUGUCCGACCUGGACGCAUCGGGCUCUUUCCUCGAACCUCCGUCAAUGGACGACGAGCACGAGGUCGACUCGCUACCUUCGGAACCUGACUCAGACGAUGUCACCGUUAGCGAGUUUGACGAUGACUCAGAUGCAGACCGAGAGUGGAAGGAGAGCCUGCAGCAACUAGAACUGCUUCUCUCCAUGGUAAUUGUACCAUAUAUUGGCAAAUAUUUUGGGCGCAAGUUUGCAUACUGGGGCUGGAAACGAUAUAUGGAGUACAACUUCCCCGUCGAAGUUGUUGUUACGAACAAGGCUGCUUUCAAAGGUGUUGGAGCAAUUGAGGCUGCCGCCUCCUUAUGA